AUGAAUAAAAGAGAGAGGAUUUGUUCUCUGAAGAGAUUCUGAGCUGUACAGCUGGUGAGAGAACGAGAAAGACAGCGACAGAGUGAGAGAGCGAGAGAGUGAGAGAGAGAGCAUGAGAGGGUUGCCUGUUUUUUCUGAGUUGCAGUUGUCACAUGGACCGGGAGAUACAGGAGAGAGGAUACGACAUUCUGGUAUUCCAAACGGAAGGAUACAGUAAACUACGACAUUCUGUGAUUCCAAACGGAAGGAUACAGUAAACUACGACAUUCUGGGAUUCCAAACGGAAGGAUACAGUAAACUACGACAUUCUGGGAUUCCAAACUGAAGGAUACAGUAAACUACGACAUUCUGGGAUUCCAAACGGAAGGAUACAGUAAACUACGACAUUCUGGGAUUCCAAACGGAAGGAUACAGUAAACUACGACAUUCUGGGAUUCCAAACGGAAGGAUACAGUAAACUACGACAUUCUGGGAUUCCAAACGGAAGGAUACGGUGAACUACGACAUUCUGGGAUUCCAAACGGAAGGAUACAGUAAACUACGACAUUCUGGGAUUCCAAACGGAAGGAUACGGUGAACUACGACAUUCUGGGAUUCCAAACGGAAGGAUACGGUGAACUACGACAUUCUGGGAUUCCAAACGGAAGGAUACAGUAAACUACGACAUUCUGGGAUUCCAAACGGAAGGAUAAAGUAAACUACGACAUUCUGGGAUUCCAAACGGAAGGAUACAGUAAACUAGAUGAACAACAACAAGAACCACCUCCUUCCUCUUUCUAUCCGGCUCGUGAUUCGACCCACCAAGGGAACCAGGAACCAGGUACCCGGAAUCAGGAACCAGGAACCAGGAACCAGGAACCAGGAAUCAGGAACCAGGAACCAGGAACCAGGAACAGGAACCAGGAAUCAGGAAUCUUCUGUGGUGAAAAACAUAAUGUAUUAUUAUAUACAAUAAGAAGAUGGAAUAUUCCAGAAAAGUUAACGGAUGUGGAACUCCAGGAAGGAUAGAAGAGGGCUGCUGACAGAGGGAGGAAACGACUGAAGGAAAGGAGGAGAGAGAAAGAGGAGAGGGAGGAAACGACUGAAGGAAAGGAGAGAGAGAGACAGAGGAGAGAGAGGAAACGACUGAAGGAAAGGAGAGAGAGAGACAGAGUAGAGGGAGGAAACGACUGAAGGAAAGGAGAGAGAGAGACAGAGGAGAGAGAGGAAACGACUGAAGGACAGGAGAGAGAGAGAGAGACAGAGGAGAGAGAGGAAACGACUGAAGGAAAGGAGAGAGAGAGACAGAGGAGAGGGAGGAAACGACUGAAGGACAGGAGAGAGAGAGAGACAGAGGAGAGAGAGGAAACGACUGAAGGAAAGGAGAGAGAGAGACAGAGGAGAGAGAGGAAACAACUGAAGGAAAGGAGGAGAGAGACAGAGGAAAGAGAUUGACAUACUGCCCGAUCGAGAUCUGUCUAUCCUACGUUCCAUGAUAUUACAUCCCCACAGGAUAUGGCAAACAGGAAAGACUGCUCCUCAUUUAGUGAGUUUCUGAAUAAUGGGAUUGAAUGGGCGUGAAAAUAUUUUCCCCUGGAACUAAAUGAUAUAAUGGGAUCGUGGAGUGUGUGACUCCAUUUUGUACAGACACAGCUGAUACACACGGGAGAAAACACCUGGAGCUGGAAUCUACACAGCUGAUACACACGGGAGAAAACACCUGGAGCUGGAAUCUACACAGCUGAUACACACAGGAGAAAACACCUGGAGCUGGAAUCUACACAGCUGAUACACACGGGAGAAAACACCUGGAGCUGGAAUCUACACAGCUGAUACACACGGGAGAAAACACCUGGAGCUGGAAUCUACACAGCUGAUACACACGGGAGAAAACACCUGGAGCUGGAAUCUACACAGCUGAUACACACGGGAGAAAACACCUGGAGCUGGAAUCUACACAGCUGAUACACACAGGAGAAAACACCUGGAGCUGGAAUCUACACAGCUGAUACACACGGGAGAAAACACCUGGAGCUGGAAUCUACACAGCUGAUACACACGGGAGAAAACACCUGGAGCUGGAAUCUACACAGCUGAUACACACAGGAGAAAACACCUGGAGCUGGAAUCUACACAGCUGAUACACACGGGAGAAAACACCUGGAGCUGGAAUCUACACAGCUGAUACACACAGGAGAAAACACCUGGAGCUGGAAUCUACACAGCUGAUACACACAGGAGAUGAUUUGGAGCUUGGAGUGACACUGACAGAAAAGGUCUGUGGAUAACUCUCCAUACUACCAUGCCAGACCCCCCACCUUCCCAUUCUAUCCGAAGACGACACCCAUCACCCCACACACACACACACCCGCAGAGAAGGGAAGAACAUUCCAUCCUCUCUUCCCUCCAUCCCUCCAUCACCCCUUCAAACACACUUCUGAACUCCUGUGAACUACUACCCCUCUCCCAGUCCCUUCCUGGAUCAUUCUCCUCCCAUCUCAUUCGCUGUGCCUGCCCCACCCCCGGCACAUCCCCGGCUUUCCCGGCUCUCCAUUGGCUGACGUUGGUCACAUGCUGCUGCCUGCUGCCCUCUCUGAUUGGUGCAGGGGAGACAUGGGACGUGGUCGCAGUGUGUCCAUUCCACUGCGUCUGUCGGAACUUGUCGGACUCUCUGAGCACGCUCUGUGCAGAUAAAGGCCUCCUAUUUGUUCCCCCGAAUGUCGAUCGACGAACCGUCGAGCUCCGAUUGGCUGAUAACUACAUCACAGAAGUGGGUGGGGCUGACUUCGCCAACAUGACCGGAUUGGUUGAUCUGACUCUAUCCCGGAACACUAUCCACUCCAUCCGACCAAUGACGUUCUCCGAUCUGGAGAGCUUGCGGAGUUUGCAUUUGGACGGUAACCGCUUGACGACGCUGGGACCGAGGGACCUGUUGGGAUUGGUCAAUCUACAGCACCUCAUCGUCAACGGUAACCAGCUGACCAGGGUGUCAGCAGAAGCGUUCAAUGAUUUGUUAUUGACGCUGGAGGAUCUGGACCUGUCUUACAAUAACCUCAGAUGGGUUCCGUGGGAGUCGAUCCAGAACAUGGCCAGUCUCCACACUUUGAACCUGGAUCAUAAUCUGAUAGACCACAUCGCAGAGGGAUGCUUUGGAGGGCUGUACAAGCUGGCUCGUCUGGAUAUGACCUCUAAUAGGCUGAGGACCCUGCCACCUGACCCCCUGUUCGCCAGGUCUCAGACAGGAGCCAUCAGUCCCACUCCCUACAACAGCGUCAUCAGUCUGAACUUCGGAGGGAACCCGCUACACUGUAACUGUGAGUUGUUAUGGUUACGCAGGCUGGUCCGAGAGGACGACAUGGAGACCUGCGCCACGCCCCCUCACCUGGCCGGCAGGUAUUUCUGGUCCAUCCUUGAGGAGGAGUUCACCUGUGAGCCGCCCCUCAUCACCAGACACACCCACAAGCUCUGGGUCCUGGAAGGUCAAAGGGCAACCCUGAAAUGCAGAGCCAUCGGCGACCCCGAACCAAUCAUCCAUUUCGUCUCCCCCGAUGAUCGGAUUGUGGCGAAUUCCAGCCGGACGACAUCGUCCCGGAAUGGAACGUUGGAUCUCUUAGUUACGGUUGCUAGGGACGACGGAGUGUACACGUGCAUAGCGAUAAACGCGGCUGGGGAGGCUACCGCAACGGUGGAUCUAAAUAUCAUCCUGUUGCCGAAUCCAAAUGGGAAUGUGAACGUUCCAGGGAAUGUGACGGUUACUGGGAAUGUGACGGUUACUGGGAAUGUGAACGUUCCAGGGAAUGUGACGGUUACUGGGAAUGCUGGGAAUUCUAAUGGAAAAAUUCAGGGUUCUUCGGACAUUGCCACUGGAAAAAGUGUGAAUUCCGAAGUUGACAAUGGAGGGAACACAAGAGUCACGGAAGAGAGGAGAGGAGAGGAGGGAGAGGGGGAUGAGGAGGGUGGUGUGGUGGAGGAGGAGGAUGGAGGGAUUAGGAUAGAGGAAGAGGAGGAAGAAGAAGAGGAGAGGAUGGUUGGGAUACAGGGAGUCACUUCUACUUCAGCACAGGUACGAUGGGACCCGGGCCAAUCGGCUGGAGCUUACCUGGUGUGGAUGUUUCAGUUACAGUACAACUGUACAGCCGAUGAGACACUGGUGUACAGGAUCCUCCCGUCUACCAGCAACAGUUUCAUGUUGAAGAACCUGGUAUCUGGAACGGACUACAACCUGUGCGUCCUGGCCAUUUUUGAUGACAUCGUCACCUCCUUGGCCGCUACCAAGGUUCUUGGCUGCGCCCAGUUUAGCACUAAAGAACUCUACCCAGAAUGCCGAUCUCUACAGACCCACUUCCUGGGUGGAACCCUGACAAUACUUGUGGGAGGCGUUGUCGUGGUAACGCUGCUGGUGUUCACAGUGGCACUGAUGGUGCGUCACCGUGUCUGCAGUAACCAGGACGACCACUGUCACCAUGGGGUUGAUAGUGAUGAGUUGGCGUGUUGCCAGGGCGGGUCAUUAAGGAGUCCUGUGAAAGAGGUGGCGGCCGGAGGUGGCGGAGGAGUCUACGGCCAAUCAAAUGGCAACAGAGAUGUGAUGAUGGUGGUCUUGCCCAAUGGGCUGCCUACAAAGCAGAGAGGGGGCGGGAGGAAGGAGAGAGCAAAAGAGAAAAAGAAGGACAAAGAGAAGGGAAACGAGGGUGAGAGAGAGAGGGAGAAAGGAGGGGCCGACGUACCUCCUAAGAUACCCCCCAAACCAAAACCCCAAACCCUCCCCAGGCCUAGCAGGGAGGCUCCGCCCCCUCAACCCUCCCCCGCCAAUCAUGAGGUGGGAGGGCUAGGCUCCGCCAAGAUGCCUAUCAGAGCCCGGGAGCUCCCGCUAAGACCCUCCCACAGCAUUGUACACGCCAAACGUAGCAACUCCCUCGACAUGGGGUUAUCUUCUUCUUCUGUGUCCAUCGCCAAGACAAUGGUUACCACCCAGCGACGGUACGGCAGUCGCCACGGUUACGCCAAGCGGUUGUCAGUGACUUGGACGAGGCAGCUGCAAGGAAUGUUGGUACACUCAGCAACGACCAGCGGCCAGGGGAGUCACCACAUCUACAACAACACUAACUCUUACUCAGCGGUGACCAGUCUUGUCGUCAAGGGCAACGGGAAUGAGAGAGGGAGGUAAACGACAAGAGAGAGGGACCCUCAGAGAUUUCUAGGGUUACCAGAGAGGAAGUGUGUAGAGAGAGAGGGAGAUAGACAGAAGAGAGAGAGAGAGAGAUAGAUAGAGACAGAAGAGAGAGAGAGAGAGAGAUAGAUACAGAAGAGAGAGAGGGAGAGACAGGAGAGAGAGAGAGAGAGAGAGAUAGACAGAAGAGAGACAGAAUAGAGAGAGAGAGACAAAGACAGAAGAGAGGAAGAGAGAGAUGAAUAGAGGGAUAGAUGGAAGAUGUAGGGGUUGAAGGUGGAGAAAAGAGAUUCUCACUUGUUCUGCCAAGGAGGCCUCUAGACUUGACCUGAAUUGGAUUUGGAAUAGAGGGAAAUAUAGAAGAGAAAGAGAGAUGAUAGAGAGCAGAGAGAUGACAGAUGUAGGCAUAUGAAGAGAGAAAUGAGAGAGAGGAGAGAAAGAAAGAGAGAGGGGAGAGAGGAAGAGAGAGGGGAGAGAGAAAGAGAGAGGGGAGAGAGGAAGAGAUAGGGGAGAGAGGAAGAGAGAGGGAAGAAAGGAAGAGAGAGGGGAGAGAGGAAGAGAGAGGGGAGAGAGGAAGAGAGAGGGGAGAGAGGAAGAGAGAGAGAAAUAAGAAUCUCUUUAUCUGAGAAUCUGCUUAAAAUAUAAAAUAGUUGGAAAUGCUUUCGGAGGAUAUGGAAUAGAGAUGAGCACUAUAUAUGGAAUAGAGAUGAGCACUAUAUAUGGAAUAGAGAUGAGCACUAUAUAUGGAAUAGAGAUGAGCACUAUAUAUGGAAUAGAGAUGAGCACUAUAUAUGGAAUAGAGAUGUGCAUUAUAUAUGGAAUAGAGAUGAGCAGUACAUAGGGAGAGCCCCCCCUAGUUAUGACGACCUAGUCUGACUAGAUAAGCGGGUGGAUGGAUGACUCUGGCAUCGGCCAGCUGGCCUGACAGUGGGGAUCAGAGCAUUAGUGCUGGAUCAAUUAGACAAGAUCAAUCGAUAAGGACAUGCCGGAACUGAGCAGCCAGUGGCGACUACUGAGACUAGACACACUGAUUUAUGAGAGAGAGACAGAGAGAGACAGAGAGAGAGGCAGAGAGAGAGAGAGAGAGAGAGAGAGAGACAGA